AUGGCUAACAGCACUCUUCUUAUAAAGAGGGCAGAUAUUCCUGCAUGCAACGUCAACCUCCAUAAGCAGUGUAUGAUGAACGCUCAAAAUCCGCCAUACAGACACCAAGGCCUUCACGAAGGCCAGUGUUUACCGGGACAAGGAGCUCUGGGUCCGAUUUUAGGACAGAUGGCGGGGCAGCAGCCCUCCCAUGGCUACAGAUCAGCUCCCGCCGGUUCUGACCAAAACCAGCCGUCCACUUACAUGUAUCAGCCUCCGUAUCCUCCAGCAGGACAACAAUAUCCGGAGCAGCAACAAGCACCUGAAUAUGGAUACAACGGUCAGUCUACUCAGUAUUAUACGCACUAUGCGCAUCAGCCCAUCCAGCAAUUGCAAUGUUGGCAUCAACCAUACGGCCCUGCGCACACUCAGCCUGGCUAUCCUCACGGCCCAGGCCAGCAGCCAUCUGGCCACAAUAUCGAAGCCACGCCGGCCUCUCCAGGAUACGAUAUUGCUCAAACGCUCAUGAUGCAGCGUAUAGACACCUCAGCCGACGCAGGAGCUCUUCUGACUGCUAUGCUAGGCAGCGGCUGCGAUGCGCAUGCCCUUGUCCGCAUCUUUUCCAGCCCCCAAUAUCGACAUCCGUAUGCGUUUCAACAAUUACGAAACGACUACCGGGAUUGGUUCAAGCGUGAUCUGGAAAAGGACAUUAAAGGCAAAACUCAAGGAGACUUCCAAGAUGCAUUGGUGGCUUUGGCCAGAGGACCUCUCGAUCACGAUGUGUCUACACUUGACAAGGCGUUGCAGCAGAGACCCAUCGAUGAAGAGGCCCUGAUGGGCGUUCUUCUCUGUCGUUCCAACGCCGAUAUCAUGGCCAUUACUAGCCAGUACAGGCAUACCAAGGGAAAAGAUCUGCUGACCACUGUCAAAGACAAGAUGGAUGAAAGGCGCUUCCCCUUAUACCGCAAUGUCAUCUCCGCGACCCGUGCCGAGGACGCAGCCGCCGUCAAUCCCGCAGAUAUCGACUACCAAAUCACCGAACUACAGCGUGGCAUCGAGGAAAACAGCUUGGUCGUCACAGAAAUCUUAACAAGCGCCAAUAACGCCCAGCUGCGAGCCAUGUGCAUCGCCUACCGGCAGAAAUACCACCGCAGUCUACAGGAAGCCAUUGUGGCAGAAUUCCUCGGCAGCGAGGAACACGCUCUACUGCAAAUGCUCACUUCUGUUACAGGAGAGAAUGGGAAGGCUGACGCAGACGCCUUGCGGGAACCGCUACGAGACCCUCUGAAUAAUAAAAGGGCCAUCACGUAUCGAGUGUUGAGAGUGUAUUGGGGUGAUAGAGCGAGGCUCUCCAAAGCGCAGGCGGCGUAUCAAAGCAGUUACCAUAGACCGCUGGUCACAGACCUGGAACAUUCUUUGGAUGGAGAUUAUGGGAACCUACUGAGUGCACUGAUUGGAGGAGACGUGUAG